AUGUCUAUUCCAACUACCCAAAAAGCUGUUCUAAUUGAAGGAGACGCCCCUGUCGUCAAAACAGGUGUUCCAGUUCCAGAACUAACCGAAGGUACUGUUUUAAUUAAGGUUGAGGCCGUUGCUGGUAACCCAACUGACUGGAAACAUAUUGCUUAUAAGAUUGGUCCCCAAGGUUCUAUUUUGGGUUGUGACGUUGCAGGUACAAUCGUUAAGUUUGGUCCAAACACUUCAAGUGAUAACUUAAAAGUUGGUGACACUGUCUAUACUCUUCUCCAUGGUGCUUCUGUGAGGCAUCCAGAAAACGGUGGUUUUGCUGAGUACGCUCGUGCUUUCCCAGACAUGUUGUACAAGGCUGACUUAACCCACACCUCUGAGAACGAAAUUCCGGAAGGAACUGUUAAGCACUUCGAAACGGCAGCUUCUUUAGGGGUUUCUUUGACUACUGCAGGUGUUGCUUUGAGUUUCCAUCUAGGUAACAAGCUUUUAUGGAACCCACCAACUCCUCAACAUGACCAUCCUAUUUUGAUCUGGGGUGGUGCCGCUGCUGUUGGUCAACAAUUGAUUCAAGUUGCUAAGAAACUAAAUGCCUAUACCAAGAUUAUUACCGUUGCUUCCAAGGGGAAAGAAGAGCUCUUAAAGUCCUACGGUGCUGACGAUGUGUAUGAUUACAAGGACCCUGAUGUUAUUAAGAAAAUCAAAUCCAAGUACACUAACAUUCGUCACGCUAUUGACGCUAUCUCCAACCAAGAUACUUUCGUCCAAGCUUACAGAACUCUAGCAGAAGAAGGAGAUGUCACUUUGUUGCAUUUGACUAUGUUGUCCAUGAGGGAUAUUCCUGAAGCUGAGAGAAGAGACAAUGUUAAGAUUGAAGGUGCUUUAUUGUACUUAGCCUUUGGCACUGAUGUUCCAUUCGGUGCUAUUACCAUUCCAGCUGUUCCAGCUUAUAAACCUGCUACUACUGGUUUCAUCAAAUUCAUUGCUCCUCACGUUCAAGAUGGUUCUAUCCGUCACAUCCCAAUUAAGGUGUUCCCUAACGGUUUAGACGACGUCCCAGCUUUAACUCAAGGUAUCAAGGAAGGUAAGAACCAAGGUGUCAAGUUUGUUGCCCGUUUAUAA